AUGGACGAUGAAGAAAGUAACAACGUAGAAAGACUCGACGACUUCGUGUUGCCAGGGUUUAGGUUUCAUCCCACAGAUGAAGAGCUCGUAAGCUUCUACUUGAAACGGAAGGUUCUACAGAAAUCUCUUCCCUUUGAACUCAUCAAGAAAGUCGACAUUUACAAAUACGAUCCAUGGGACCUCCCAAAGCUUGCGGCCAUGGGAGAGAAAGAGUGGUACUUUUACUGUCCAAGAGACAGGAAAUACCGGAACAGCACGAGGCCUAACCGAGUAACCGGAGGAGGAUUCUGGAAAGCGACCGGAACAGACCGGCCUAUAUACUCGUUGGACUCGACUCGAUGCAUCGGUUUGAAGAAGUCGCUUGUGUUCUACCGAGGCCGAGCUGCUAAAGGAGUCAAAACUGAUUGGAUGAUGCAUGAGUUUCGUCUCCCUUCUCUCUCUGACUCUCACCACUCAUCAUAUUCCAACUACAGUAACAAGAAGCAACACCACAACAAUAACAGCAAAGAGAUUCCUUCAAAUGAUGCUUGGGCGAUUUGCAGGAUAUUCAAGAAGACGAACUCGGUGUCAUCGCAAAGAUCAAUCCCACAAUCUUGGCUUUAUCCGACGAUUCCUGAGACUAACCAACACAACUCACAGUCACAAACCACCAGUCUCUUAACUUCAGCAGACGUUCUAAGCCACAUAGCAACAAGACAAAACCUUAUCUCUGCUCCAGUCGACGAACUCACAAGCUUCACGGACUCAUCCGCUGCUCUUUUCGCUUCUCAGAUGCUCGGAUUUCCCUACAACGCAGCAAGAAACAAUGGAACAGGGGAUGCUUUGUUUCUGAGCAACAACGAGAAUAACUACUUCAAUAACUUGGCCGGAGCGUUGACUAAUGAGCUUCCGAAUGUAAGAUCAACAAUGGCGACUUCUUCAUCGUUCUUCCGCAAAGUUCUGCUGUCGCUUUGUCACUCGCCGUUUCUUCUUUCUUGCUACAAUAUGAAGCAUUUCUGUUCAAUUCAAGGUUAUGUACCCAGAACGGAAUUUGGGGUUUUAAGACAUUGUUUUGAGCAAAAUCUCACUCUUUCAUGGAGCUUAAAGCCAUGGAAUUUGAGAAGUUUGAGCACGAUUUCGCAUUUCCAGAAACUUCCUUGUCCUUUGGUAGCUUCAACUCAAACGCAUUACAAAAACAGUCUGAUCUUGAAGAGAUUCUCAGUUGCUGUUGGCACAGAGGAAUCUUCAUUGUCAGAAGAAGAUUCACUAGACGACUCUCUCUCUCGACCUCUCACUAGUGACGAGUUGAAGUCUUUGCUUAUUGAUAAUGAAAGAUCGAAGCUUGUUAAGAAAUUGAGUGAAGCUAAUCAACAUAGCCGGUUCCUCAAGCGCCAGAUCAAAACACAGGAGGAUGAGAUAAGCAACAUCAAAAGCGAGCUUGCAGUUAUGGAGCUUGAAUUUCAGGCUCUGGUCAAACUGGCUGAAGAAGUAGCAAACCUCGGGAUUCCUCAAGGUUCUAGAAAGAUCAGCGGGAAGUACAUUCAAUCGCACCUUCUCUCCCGUUUACAAGCUGUUGAAAAGAAAUUGAAAGAACAAAUAAAAGACGUCGAAGCUGCACAAUCAAAAGAAGUCCAUGUGUUCUGGAUCGGUAUGGCAGAGAGUGUACAAGUAGUGGGAUCGUUUGACGGAUGGAGCCAACGAGAGGAUCUAUCACCUGAGUACACAGCCUCAUUCACUAAAUUCUCCACCACGUUGUUCCUUCGUCCCGGGAGGUAUGAGAUGAAGUUUCUAGUAGAUGGAGAGUGGCGGAUCUCACCUGAGUUUCCUACUUCCGGAGAAGGAAUGACGGAGAACAAUGUUUUAGUUGUGGAAUAG